AUGUGUUCCACUACUAGGAUUUGGUUUUAGCUAGGUCAUGGAGAACAGGAGGUCCUUCCCCGAAUACUCUUCGUCUUUCUCCGGUGAGUUCGAGUUCGAUGAUCAAUCGACUUCCUACAACUUCAACGGGCCAUGCAGUAAAGGAAACGGGUUUGCGGCUUCAAAUGAUCCGGAGCUGAAGAGGAAGAAGAGAAUUGCGUCGUAUAACGUGUUGACAACGGAAGGUAAGCUAAAAUCAAGUGUGAGGAACAGCUUCAAGUGGAUCAAGAGCAAGUUCACGGAUCUACGUUAUGGAAUCUGAGUUUGCAAAAAUUGUAAGGUAAUACUCUUUAAUCCCCAAAUUGUACAAGUCUUUGUUUUAUGCUUUUUGAUUGUUUUUGAUUGUGUGGAAAAUUAAAAGAGGGAGGAAUGAUCUCUCGUGGAAAUCCACACAAAAGUCAGGUCAUGUUGGGUGUAAAAAUUUGGUGAUUGAAAAAAAAAAAAAGAAGAAAAAGAGUUCGAGUUCCUUACUCUUUUUCUUCUUUUUAUCCAUUCAAAUCCCACAUGUCUCUUGAGCUGCAACUUGCAAUCGUCCCAAAUCAGAGAUAUGUGAUGAAAACUAAGUAAAUCCAUGAGCUUUAUAUGAUAUAGCGUUUUUUAGAUUUAAGAUUGCGUUUGUGCAUAUUUUUUGAGCCUUGUUCAAGCUUCCACACGAUUCAAUGUUUGGCCUGGUUUUAUGAUAGUGAGGACUCACACAAGAUCUUCCAUCUUAUCAUGGUCAAGUAUGCCAAAUUCUUUGUAUGUGCAGGGUCCAAUGGUUUUACCAGCAUCAGACUUAAAAAUGAAAAGUGACAUUUUUUUGGUUGUCUCCACAUUAGAGAUUUGUGAUAAGAAUCAAGUGUACAUAUAUAAUAUAGAAAUAUAAGACUAUAGGCUAAUUUUGUGGGUUCAAAAUCAAGUAAAGCAUUUUAUUAGGCCUUGUUCUGGUCCUCAUCUCUAAAGUGGACCUCAUUUUUAUUAGGCUCACCCCAUUAUUAAUUCCACUUUAGAAUUGGGAAAUUUCAAAAUUGGAAUUGAACCCUUUAUUAAAGUUUUUUUUUCUAU